AUGGGGAAGAUUUCACUUGUUGCUGCUAUUGGCCUUUCUUUUAUGCUGUGCUUGUUAGCAGUUACUGCCAACAAGUUUACCGUCACGGUCACCGCGACGGAGGAUGAUAUUGAAAAUCAAGAGUCACAAAGCUGCCAAGAGCAGAUCCAGGGGCAUAGGCUCAAUCACUGCAGGAUGCUCCUUCCAAGAAGCGGUCAAUAUUAUGGCGACGGGCUGAGCAUGGUGACGGAAGACGAUGAGAUGCACAACCAAGGACAGGAGCAUCUCCAACAAUGCUGCCAGGAAUUGAGGAACAUUGUCACUAAAUGCCGCUGUCCAGCACUAAAGACGAUUGUGACGCCGGGAGCCCAAGCUCAUGUCACAGAGAGCUCGGUCUCUCCCCCGCGCAUGCAACAUUGA